GCUCAGCAUAAUCGAAUCCGCCCAAUAUCUUUGAUAUCAUGCGCUCUGGUGCUCCAAAAAACAUAUCCAAAUCAGUUGGACUUUAUGAAGGAUCUCCAUUGAUUGGUUUACUGAUUUUUCUCACUAAAGUACUCAUUUGUUUGGGCUACUUACUAGGCGACUGCCUGGUAAAACACGAGGCAGGUUUGGAUCUCCCACUUGUUUACAGGAGCAGAGAAAGUCAGUAUUUUGUCGCAGCCACAGAGAAUGUGAAGCUGUUGCCAUGUCGAUAUCCUCUCUAGAAGUGUUCUCUACGGAACCUUUCCUCAUUGGAAUGUUCACAGCAGAAGGUUCCUCCUCUGGACAUUACACAGAACCCCACUUGGAGGAAUACCUCAUCGCCAUGGGCGAUAACAAUGUCACAUGGCCAGUCUGCACCUAUAAGGAGGAUUUUAAACGCUUCCUACUUCCUGCCGUCUACAGUGUGGUCUUCCUGAUUGGUCUGCCUCUGAAUGGGGCGGUCAUCUUGAAGAUCUGGAGGUCACGACCCAACCUGACCCGGAGCAACGUCUACAUGCUCAAUCUGGCCACGGCUGACUUCCUGUAUGUGAUGUCACUACCUCUGCUCAUCUACAACUACGCCAGUCAUGACUACUGGCCCUUUGGAGAGCUGGCCUGCAAACUGGUCCGCUUUCAGUUCUACAGUAACCUGCAUGGCAGUAUCCUGUUCCUGACCUGUAUCAGCCUCCAGCGCUACGUGGGCAUCUGCCACCCUAUGGCCGGCUGGCACAAGCAGGGGGGUCGCAGGCUGGCACGGGUGGUCUGUGGGGGUGUGUGGCUGGUGGUCGCCCUCCUCUGUGCCCCCACGUUCCACUAUGCCUCCACAGGAACACAACGCAACCGCACCGUCUGUUACGACCUGAGUCGACCGGAGCAUUCGGCUGACUACUACCCCUAUGGGAUGGCUCUGACCUGCCUGGGCUUCCUGUUGCCUUUUAUGGGCGUGGUGGCAUGCUACUGUCGCAUGGGUCGCCUCCUCUGCCACCCGCCAUCCUAUCAGGGCGCUACCAUGGCAGCCUCAAUGGAGAAACGGGACAAGGCGGUGAAGAUGAUAGUCAUCGUGGUGACGGUGUUCGCUGUGAGCUUCCUGCCGUUCCACCUUACUAAGACCAUGUACCUGUUGGUACGAACCUUACCAGGUGCUCCGUGUGCGACACGGAACCUGUUCUCAGUGAUCUACAAGUGCACCAGGCCGUUCGCCAGCAUGAACAGUGUUCUAGAUCCUAUACUGUUCUACUUCACACAGCCACGGUUCCGCAGGAGCACCAGAAUACUGAUCACCAAGAUCACCACUCUCAGAGACAGGGAACCAAGGUGUGAGGAAGUGAAAACCCCUAGAUUAUUUAGAUCCCAUGUUUAAUCAAGGGUUAACUCGCUUUGAGACAAAGGAACCAAGGAGUAUGUAAAACAACCAUAGUCCACAGUUGUGUUACACCUAGAUACAUGGGUUCUGGGUAGCUAGAACCGAUCCAGAACCCUCAUUGACUUCUGCUCUGCCAGCAUGGCCACAAGUCAGUGUGUCUGCUUGUGACUGUAUACUAAAAUGCAUGAAGUAGUCAGCCAUAACACUGCUUUUGGUUGCCAUAGUAUUAUAUAAUGCAUCCUGUAUGUCCAUGCACACUGCUAGUUGUUUUCUAUAUGAGCCACUAGGUGGCGUGUAUUACCUACACAUCACAUGGCCUUAUUUAUUUUUUAUUUAACCUUUAUUUAACUAGGCAAGUCAGUUAAGAACAAAUUCCUAUUUACAAGCCUAUCCAAAGGCA